AGGUUGUUUCCUAGUCCCAAGAUGGCGGCGCUCUGUCCCGUUCCUGUGGAAGGGACUUGGGGGAGUGAAGCCUGAGGGAAGGAGCAGGGGGUCGGCGCCGCGGGGAGGGGGAUGAGGUGACGGCCGCCAUGGCGAGCGACGGGGGCAGGAAGCAGUUCUGGAAGCGGAGCGGCGCGAAGGUGCCGGGCAGUAUUCAACAUGUGUAUGGAGCUCAACAUCCACCUUUUGAUCCAUUAUUACAUGGAACCUUGAUAAAACCAGGUUCAAAGCCACCUACAACUCCGGUGAAACUAAAGAAAGUCAGCACCUUCCAAGAAUUUGAAAGUAACACAAGUGAUGCUUGGGAUCUUGGGGAUGAUGAUGAUGAACUCUUAGCAAUAGCUGCUGAAAAUUUAAAUACAGAAGUGGUCAUGGAAACAGCUCACAAAGUAAUUCAGAAUCACAGCAAGUUACAAGAACAGCACAGAUUUCAGGAAGAACACCUGCAGGAAGAAAACCAAGUAGAAUCUGCAGAGCUGACUUCAGUUGCAUGUACUGAUAACAGGCUUGUUAAAUCAGUCAGUGAAGGUCAUACGUCGAGUUCAUCAGAUAAUACUAGUGAAAAUUUUUCCAUGCAGAGGUCCCAGUCCCUUCCACAAACUUCUACUCCUCCUUUGGUGAGUGGAAUGGCAGACAAUAAUACUUCAGUUACUCCUGGAUUAACUGAAAGAGAAGCAUCUCGAUUAGACAAAUUUAAGCAGCUGCUUCUUGGCCCCAAUACAAAUCUUGAAGAAUUACGGAAGUUGAGUUGGUCUGGCAUUCCCAAACAGGUUCGUCCAAUUGCAUGGAAGCUGCUUUCAGGCUAUCUUCCUGCAAAUGUGGACCGAAGAGAAAGCACUUUACAAAGGAAACGCAAGGAGUAUUUUGCAUUUGUUGAACAAUACUAUGAUUCCAGAAAUGAUGAAAAUCACCAGGAUACCUAUAGACAGAUCCAUAUAGAUAUCCCACGCAUGAGUCCAGAAGUUUUAAGACUUCAGCCCAAAGUAACAGAGAUUUUUGAAAGAAUUUUGUUUAUCUGGGCAAUACGUCAUCCAGCCAGUGGAUAUGUUCAGGGCAUAAAUGACCUUGUUACUCCAUUUUUUGUGGUCUUCGUCUGUGAAUAUAUAGAUGAAGAAGAAGUGGAAAAUUUUGAUGUUUCCAACCUGCCUGAAGAAGUACUGCAGAACAUAGAAGCUGACAGUUACUGGUGCAUGAGCAAGUUGCUUGAUGGCAUUCAGGAUAACUACACAUUUGCACAGCCAGGAAUUCAAAAGAAAGUGAAAAUGUUGGAGGAACUUGUUAGUCGCAUCGAUGAACAAGUUCAUAGGCACUUGGACCAGCAUGAGGUGAAAUACUUGCAAUUUGCUUUCCGUUGGAUGAAUAACUUGCUGAUGAGAGAAGUCCCGUUACGGUGCACCAUCAGGUUAUGGGACACAUAUCAAUCUGAACCAGAGGGUUUUUCUCACUUCCACUUGUACGUCUGUGCUGCCUUUCUUGUCAGGUGGAGGAAAGAGAUCCUGGAAGAGAAAGAUUUUCAAGAAUUACUGAUAUUUUUACAGAAUUUGCCCACAGUACACUGGGGAAAUGAAGAAAUUAGUGUACUCCUAGCAGAGGCCUACAGACUGAAGUUUGCAUUUGCAGAUGCCCCCAAUCAUUACAAGAAAUGAAAUAAAGAGCCAGAAAUCAUUAAGAACAACAUCUUCUGCAGUAUUAUGGCAUCUGUUGUUCUGAUUGUGCUUUCAGCUCAUUACUUUUUCAUUUGAAUUAAGAUGACCAUUAAAAUUCUGUUAGAAUUUGCAGAAUGAGAACAGAAUACCAAAGAAAUGGACAAAACAGGAUAUUGAACUUCGAAUAAACUUAAAAGUGAACUUUUUUGCUGAGCAUGAAAAAUGAGUUCAAAAGUCGUCUUUUUUUUUCUUUUAUCUAAUUAGGAGAAUUGCAGUCUGUCUAAUUUAUGUCAAGCAAUUUUCGUAUGUACCUAAGACUUAAAACUACUUUUGGAAUUAUUUUGUCAUAACUUUCUGUAACUUCAGUGUCCCCUGCCAUGAUUUUAUUUGCCAGUUUUGAUCAGUAAAAGUUAUCUGGUUUGAGUGGAAAAAAAAGAACCUUUCAUAGUCAUAAAGACCAUGUGAGACAGCAAGGCUUGUGUGUUGAGGUCAGGUUAUAAACACUGAUAUUCAUACACCAUCUGUUGUUUUUCGAUGGAAUUAGGUUAAAUUACUUCAAUAGUGCAAGAAGGUUGCAAUGGAAAUUGGUGGCAUUUUCUAAACAUUACUCGGUCUUGGGAGAAUGCCAUAGAAGUUUUCUAAGCCAUGCAAAAGAGUUAUUUAAAGCCAAAGAGUCACCUAUAACACUAAAAUAAAUCCCCCUCUAUAUAUUUUGGACUGGUUUUAAAAUAUCAAAUUAAAUGGAAGACAUAGUCUUGUCAAUGCAAUUAAGGCUUUUCUUUCAAUGCCUUUCAGUUUUUCAGCAUGAAAGUUCACUUUUAAGAAAUGUAUUAAGAAGCUUGGUUUACUGUACUUUUAUAUCAGUUGCUGCCUUAUUCUCCAUUUCUAGCAUCUUAGCAAAGGAAAAUAAUAUAUCCUUUCAAAGAUUAUUUGUUAAAUAAUUUAAUACCUUUUUUCUUAUUAUUCAGAGGAAGUGAGAAGAUAGUUCCUAAGAACAGCUGCAGUAUACUCAGAUCAGUCAUAAUGUUGUUAGCAGAAUAAAAAUCCUCUAUAAGAGUGGAGAAUGAAAUUACUUUUCCUUCGUGUAAUCAUGGGAUGCUGAAUAGUUUCUUAAAACUUGGAUAAUUUAAGUGCACUAUUUAUUUUCAAGAAAUCUUUUCAGAUAAGAAUUCUGGUGUUUCUCUAGUGGGUGUAAAUAACUCAUAUUUGUGCCUACCCUACACGUUCAGGUUAUUAAGGGUGAGAGUUGGAUUAAGCAAUAUACUGGAAGCUCAAAAUUUUUAUUCCUCUGUUCAGUCCUCAAGUUGCACAAUGUUGCACAAAAAGUGUAGUGCACUUUGAACUAUGAGAAAUAGCAGAUCUUCAAGAGGUUGUCUCUUGUGACUUGUAAUUGGAAGAUUAUUUUCAAGUUCUUAAAAGUAAGUAGAUACAUAUUUUGAAGAAAGCUUUCUAGAUAUGUUAUUUACGUUACUUGUUUUAGGGGCCUUAGUUCUUGACACUGACUUUAUAAUAAUAAAGUAUUUCAGGGUAGAUAGGAUAAAAAAUACAUUUUUACCAACAUGUGUUUAUGAGAUCGGUAUUUUAAAAUUGCAUUAAAUCCUGGGUAGAAGACAGAAAAAAAAAUUAAUUCAGAAGCAGGUGUGUGUGGUGACUAGAAUGCAUUUCUGUCCCUCUGGCAUCAGCUGAGGUUUUCAGUUGCAAUGGAUGCAAGUUUAGGCCUCCCAGAGAGCUGCAUUUGUGCCUGGAGUGCGUCGUGGAUCUGUGUUUCUUAAAUGUCCGUGUACUGUUUUCUGUAAUUUCAGUUCAUGGUCUAAUGUACCAAAAUUUAUGUUUACAAAGAAUGUCAUAUUGUGCCUAACAGAGUAUCUACCAAUAACAGAAUAAAAUAAAACUGAAAAUUAUGACCAUUUGCUUUAAACUUAGUAUCUACAAUCAUUUGUUUAUAGACUUGCAUAUUAUUAUAAUUAGAGAAGACAGAUAGCAUUAAAUGUACAAUAUUGUAAGGGUUUUCUAUAAAUAACUUUUCUAUAAAGAUGUUACUUAGGUAGUUACAUGUAACAUGGAAAGUUGACUCGAAGUUGUCUGCUGUGUCAGAUGCUCCUGCAUAACACUUAUGGGACUGGAUAUAUAAAAUUUCCUUCCUCGGGUCCACAUCAGUUGUCUGCCAUGUCUUCCAAAUUCAACAGGUACCUCUUACUUCUCUUGGAAGAAAGUAAAACCAUUAGAGGUCUCAUUUACUGUUGUGUCUGUGUCAGAAGUUGAAAACUGUACUUGAGCACAUUGCUUUUUAAGGAUAGUGGGAAAUUUCCAAAUAUAGCAACAAUGCCUGAUUAUGUAGAUAUAGACUUUUCUGGAAAAUAUGAUCUAUACAGAUAGUUUUCAUUAAAUAGAAGGCCAACAUUUGUGUAAAAUUUUAAAAUUUCAGUACUUAAAUAUUUGCAUUGAUACUUCAUUUUACUAAAAAAAUAAAACACAUUUAACAAUUCUGCAUCUCAGGUGAACUGUCAUUCCAGACAAAAUAUUAUAUAGGAAAAGAAAUAAUGGUAUCAUUAUUACAUCUGAUGUCCUUUUUUCUUUUUUUCAAAUUUCAAGAUUCUGAAUAUUACAAAAUUUGUUUGUAAUGCAUAUUUUCUUAUGAAGGAGGCAUCUUGACACAUCACUAGUGAAUCCAGGCACUAAUUUCCUAGAAGUUAUGUGAAAUAUCAAUUUGUUUUGUCUAAAAUGUGUGUUAAAGAAUUUCUGUAAUAAAAAUUAAACAAGAAUGUACAAUAUAAAAAGAUUUAUGACAGCAGUAUUUGAAAAAUGUAAAUAUUAAACAAAUUAGUUAACUGUGUAAAUACAGUACAUGGAGUAGGAUAGAAAUGUAAGUUGAAAUCUUAUGUAACUCUGUAAUAUGGUAUAAGAAUUAGUUUUGUUAUUAUUUUUGGCUCAAUUCCUUGUGGAACAGCCCAUGAAUUUGUUUUUAACUUCAGAACUACGGAAUAAAAGUAUCUGAAGUUCCAUUGUCUGCUUCUGACAAAUGUUAACACUGAGGCACUGAUUAAAACUGUAAAACUGAUGAAAGAUGAGGAAAUAAAUGCGUAUUUAUGAAGUGCUAUA